AAUUUCGCACUAUUUUAGUACUUCUGAACAACACCAGAGAGUAUUUUACAACACCUAGAUACUGUAUAUCUAGUUGUUGAUCUGGGCAAGCACAGAAGAUCGAUUUUGCUGCUGCCUUUUGGAAUCGAUUCCAUCAAGAAUCGGAAUCCAAGAAAUCGAAAGAAAAUUAAAAUUAUCGAAUCGGAAUGUCAAAGUGCAGCACUGUACAAUAAGCAGACAUGGUAGUAUAGGUUAUUGGUCUCAUUUUGGAGGCAAAUUUGAUGCGAUGUUUUGACUUCGUUUUGUUGUCCGCGUGAGUAUACAUUAGAAGGCAUGACGGGCUUUGCGACUAGGAAGGUUGUUCGGAAAGUCAGAAAGCUGACGAGCAUGUUACACAGAGAAAGUGGGAUUGAGUGCUGUGAAGAACCCACGAAGUACCUGUUUAUUGGAAAUGCUGGACUGACUACUGGCUUGCAACGAGAGUGUCUCGUGUCUCACUUCACCAAAUAUGGCAUUGUUGAUGAUGUAGUCAUGAUUCCUGGUAAAUCAUAUUGUUUUAUAGUGUUUCGUGAUGCUAAUGCUUGUGCAGUUGCUUUUAAUAACCUUCAAGCCAAGCAGAUUGUUCCUGAUUAUCCAGAAGUACUGUAUUUGGCUUUUGCAAGAUCAGUUCCCACAGUUGAAAACAAAGAUUGGCACAAUGGGCCACCAGGCUCUGUUGUGCUUGAAAACUUUGUAAAUGAGACAGAAGAAGAAAUCUUACUACACUGCAUUGAUUGGGGUACAUCAGAUUCUGGUCAGCAUUUGAAGCAUAGAAGAGUAAUACAUUAUGGUUAUGAAUUCCAAUAUCAUAAUAAUAAUAUUAAUAAAGAUGAACCCCUAAAAGAUAAAAUACCAGAAGAAUGCAGUGUUCUGUUUGAUCGACUGAAGCAAAUGGGUUAUAUAACUAGUUGUCCAGACCAGUUGACCAUCAAUCAGUACUUACCUGGUCAGGGUAUUCCUCCUCACAUUGACACUCACAGUGCUUGUGAAGGCACCAUAUUAUCAUUAUCCCUGGGAUCAUCAGUCAUUAUGGAGUUCAAACACAGAGACGGACGAUCCAUGUCGCUGUUACUUCCUCAACGUUCAAUGUUGAUAAUGUCAGGAGAAGCAAGGUAUGCAUGGAGUCAUGGCAUUACUCCUCGGAAAACUGAUAUUAUGCCUUGUCCUGGAGGAGGAUUAAGUGUGCAGAAUCGUGGAGUUCGGACAUCUUUCACUUUUCGUUGGACACGGAAAGACAAAUGUAUAUGCAGUUAUCACUUAGAAUGUGAUUCAUACAAUGAAAAAGAAAGUUCAGAACAAAAUGAUGCAGAUGCUACAGAGCUAGAAAAACUCCAUGUCCAUAAGGUUUAUGAAGAUAUUGCUGAACAUUUCAGCGAAACUCGACACAAACCUUGGCCAAAUGUUCUCGAUUUUGUUCAGUCUUUCCCGAAAGGAAGUGUAUUAGUGGAUGUUGGUUGUGGAAAUGGCAAAUAUUUGGGACAAAACAAAGAUAUUUAUGAGAUUGGGUGCGAUAGUAGUUGGAAUUUAUCAUCUCUAUGUAAGGACAGAGGAUUUCAAGUAUUUACUUGUAAUUGUUUAGCUCUUCCCUUAAGAGAUGAUUCAGCAGAUGCUUGUAUCAGUAUUGCCGUUAUCCACCACCUUGCUAAUGAGAAUCGAAGAUUGAAGGCUGUGCAAGAAAUUGUAAGAGUUUUAAGGCAAGAAGGAAUGGCUCUGAUUUAUGUGUGGGCAAAGAACCAAGAGUACAAUAAUAAGAAAUCGUCCUAUUUGAAACAAAAUUGGCAUAAUAGAAAAUCAAAAUGUAAUAAAACUAAUGCUCAUGAGCCACCUGUGGUAAAUGCAGAAGAAGAGAAGUCUCAAACAGAAAAAUAUUCUAAAUUCAGUGAAUCAUCUUCAUUCUCCCUUCCAUUACACACAAACAGGACCCAAUUUCUUCAUAAAGAUGUUUUAGUUCCAUGGAAACUCAAACCACAAUCUCAGAAAUUACAAACUUCAGAGGUUCGUACAUUUUAUCGUUACUAUCAUGUGUUUGAAAAGCAGGAAUUGGAAGACUUGUGUCUCCGUGAGAAAAAUGUAGAACUUGUGAAAUCAUUUUAUGAUCAGGGCAACUGGUGUGUUAUAAUUAAAAAGAAGUAAUUUUAUGAGAAUCUUUAUUAAUAAUUCGAUAUUUUAGCAUUAAAAUUAUUUACUGUGUUAAAAGUGAAGAUUUUAUUAAAAUGACUGUUGAAAAAAAUUAAUUAAGUUCUCCAAUGAAUAUUUGUCCAGAACCUCCAAUAACAAGGGGACUUUUCCUUUAACAUUAAUCCCCUUAAAUUUGUGCAUGUCUAUAAAUAAAUCCGUUAUCAUUCCUGAAAAUAAACAAAGACAGAACUUUUAUGAAAAAUACAAGUGUCUUAUGACAUAAGAGGUUAAGCUCUUUGAAAUUCUUAUGCAAUAAUAAGUCCCUUUU